AUGACUACAUUCAAACGUCUCAUCAAUACUUCAUUGCUUCCUGAUGAUUUUCUGUCUUAUACUGAUGCACAAUUCUACAAUGUUGCCAAACAUUUUGUAGAUGAAAGUGCAUUAGAGCUGCUUGAAAUACAAUCUAUUUGGAGUCCUGACUCACUUAUACUUAUAUCAGGUGUUUUUGCCAUUUUGAACAUUAAAUGUGUUGCUUUAAAUUCUUUAAAAGAAAAAUUAUGUUUGAAAUCAGACGAUGACAUGUAUAUAGUUGUACCAGGCAUCAAGAGUUCAAUGAAUUAUUUUUAUGAAUUAAUUAUUCAAAAACAAGAUGAAGAUAUCAAAUUGUCAAAAAAACAAAAUAAGCGAUAUACUUCUGUUGUUUCGUCUAUUACUUCUGACUCAUCAAUCACGAUUCAGUCUGCAUAUAAUCUCCAACAACAAAUAUCACCACCUAAUACAACAAAUAUCGUUCAAUCAUCACCUGCUAUGCUCGUCAACGAAAAUUAUCAUCAAAGCUGUAUUAUAAACUCCAUCAGUAAUUUAUGCCAAAAAUAUUCUUCAAAAUUAUCAUUAACCGAAGGCUUUGAUUAUAAUUUGUGUCUUACAACAUCAAGUGAUACGAAUUUCACAGCAAUGAUAAGAUCAGAAGGUGGUCUCAAACGUUCUGGUCCGAGUGAUGUUGCUAAGAAGAAACGGAUCAAUAAAACUUACUGA